ACUCCGGAACUGGGGCCCCUGGGGCCGUGCGGCUGACCACAGAGCCAGGACGGCUUUCAGUGCUGACUAGUGAAUCUGUGACCCCCAGGACAGAACGCGUCCCGCAUAUUCCAGAAAGUUUAAUUUGCUCUAUGCCAUCCUCCAGAGCGGUCUAGCUUAGACGCUCGCACUGUGUGCGUGCAACCUCAACAGUCCCGGCGCCUAAAGCUCUGUGUAGCUGCUGCUUCGGUUGAACUUCCAGCCCCUCACUGGGUUACAAAGUGGCAGAAUGUCUCAGUGGUAUGAACUUCAGCAGCUUGACUCCAAAUUCCUGGAGCAGGUUCACCAGCUUUAUGAUGACAGUUUUCCCAUGGAAAUCAGACAGUACCUAGCACAGUGGCUAGAAAAGCAAGACUGGGAGCAUGCUGCCAAUGAUGUUUCAUUUGCCAUCAUCCGUUUUCACGACCUCCUGUCACAGCUGGAUGAUCAAUACAGUCGCUUUUCUUUGGAGAAUAACUUUUUGUUGCAGCAUAACAUAAGGAAAAGCAAACGUAAUCUUCAGGAUAAUUUUCAGGAAGACCCAAUCCUGAUGUCUAUGAUCAUCUUUAACUGUCUGAAGGAGGAAAGGAAGAUUUUGGAAAAUGCCCAGAGAUUUAAUCAGGCCCAGUCGGGGAACAUUCAGAACGCUGUGAUGUUAGACAAACAGAAGGAGCUGGACAGCAAAGUCAGAAAUGUGAAGGACAAAGUUAUGUGUAUUGAACAUGAAAUCAAGAGUCUAGAAGAUUUACAAGAUGAAUAUGACUUUAAAUGCAAAACCUUGCAGAACAGAGAACAUGAAACCAGUGGUGUGGCCACGAAUGAACAGAAACAAGAAAAGCUAUUAAUCCAGAAGUUGUAUUUAAUGCUUGACAGUAAAAGAAAGGAAGUAGUUCAUAAAAUAAUAGAGUUGCUGAACAUCACUGAGCUUACCCAGAAUGCCUUGAUUAAUGACGAGCUGGUGGAGUGGAAGCGGAGACAGCAGAGUGCCUGUAUCGGGGGACCGCCCAAUGCUUGCCUGGAUCAGCUGCAGAACUGGUUCACCAUAGUUGCAGAAAGUCUGCAGCAAGUUCGUCAACAGCUUAAAAAGCUGGAGGAGUUGGAACAGAAGUAUACAUACGAACACGACCCCAUCACAAAAAACAAGCAAGUGUUGUGGGACCGCACCUUUAGCCUUUUCCAGCAGCUCAUUCAGAGCUCAUUUGUGGUGGAGAGACAGCCUUGCAUGCCGACUCACCCUCAGCGGCCAUUGGUCUUGAAGACCGGAGUGCAGUUCACCGUGAAGUUGAGGCUGUUGGUGAAGUUGCAAGAGCUGAAUUAUAACUUGAAAGUCAAAGUCUUAUUUGAUAAAGACGUGAAUGAGAGAAACACAGUAAAAGGAUUCAGAAAGUUCAACAUUUUGGGCACACACACGAAAGUGAUGAACAUGGAGGAGUCCACCAAUGGAAGUCUGGCGGCUGAAUUUCGACAUCUGCAACUGAAAGAACAGAAGAAUGCUGGCUCCAGAACUAAUGAGGGCCCUCUGAUUGUUACUGAAGAGCUUCACUCUCUUAGUUUUGAAACCCAGUUGUGCCAACCUGGUUUGGUAAUUGAUCUUGAGACGACCUCUCUGCCCAUCGUGGUGAUCUCCAAUGUCAGCCAGCUCCCAAGUGGCUGGGCCUCCAUUCUGUGGUACAACAUGCUGGUGGCAGAACCCAGGAAUCUGUCCUUCUUCCUGAAUCCACCAUGUGCACGAUGGUCUCAGCUUUCAGAGGUCCUGAGCUGGCAGUUUUCUUCUGUCACCAAGAGAGGUCUCAAUGUGGACCAGCUGAAUAUGUUGGGAGAGAAGCUUCUUGGUCCUAACGCUGGCCCUGAUGGUCUUAUUCCAUGGUCGAGGUUUUGUAAGGAAAAUAUAAAUGAUAAAAACUUUUCCUUCUGGCAUUGGAUUGAAAACAUCCUAGAACUCAUUAAAAAACACCUACUCUCUCUCUGGAAUGAUGGGUGUAUCAUGGGCUUCAUCAGCAAGGAGCGGGAACGAGAUCUACUGAAGGACCAGCAGUCGGGGACCUUCCUGCUGCGCUUCAGUGAGAGCUGCCGUGAAGGGGCCAUCACAUUCACAUGGGUGGAGCGCUCCCAGAAUGGAGGCGAACCUCACAUCCAUGCCGUUGAACCUUACACCAAGAAAGAACUUUCUGCCGUUACUUUCCCUGAUAUCAUUCGCAAUUAUAAAGUCAUGGCAGCUGAGAAUAUUCCAGAGAAUCCCCUGAAGUAUCUCUAUCCAAAUAUUGACAAAGACCAUGCCUUUGGAAAGUACUACUCCAGGCCAAAGGAAGCACCAGAACCCAUGGAACUUGAUGGCCCUAAAGGAACUGGAUACAUCAAGACUGAGUUGAUUUCUGUGUCUGAAGUUCACCCCUCUAGACUUCAAAGUACAGACAACCUGCUCCCGAUGUCUCCUGAGGAGUUUGACGAGGUGUCUGAUGAGGUGUCUCGGAUAGUGGGCGCUGUAGGGUUUGACAGUAUGAUGAAUGCAGUAUAGACCAUGAAUUUUUCUCAUCUUCUCUGAUGACAGUUUUCCUUCCCAUCUGUGAUUCCUUCCUGCUACUCUGUUCCUUCGUGUCCUAUGUUUCUAGAGAAAUGAAAGGAAAACCAACAAAUUGCUGCAAACUGCUCGUAGCAUGUGAAUUUUUCUUUAACUCAGAAACUGUUGCAGUGAAAGGCAUCAUGCAUCUUGAUGAAGGUAAAAUUGAAAGGCAUUCUCUGCAGAGUGGGUUUUUGCAAAUAAAAAACAUCCAGAUACACCCAAAACAUUAGGACUAGAAUGAGAGUCCUUCAGGAAGGGUGAGAGGUUUAGCAACAUCUAGCAAAUGCCAUGCAGAAAGUCAGU